CAGUAGUCAGCGGUCGAUCUCCACCAGGGGAAGUUUGUAAUGGUGGUUUGUCAUUUAUCCGAGGUAUUGGGCUAGCGUCGUCGAGAUUGGUGAAAAAUAUUAAUGUUUAGACUGAGUGGUGUGCAGUUUAGUGAAAAAUGUGAUCGCAUUUAAUUUGCAAACGUAGUGAGUAUGAGAACUGAAUAACUUAUCUACUUCCUAUUUGAAAUUUCCGUAAAAUACACAGUACCCUCGAUUUGGCAUAGGCCCAGAAACAGGGCUAGGAUUCGCUGUUAGACUUCUUUGUCAAAACUCAACAAUGGGCAAAUGAUUUUCGUGUGAAAAACUUGGAACAAUCAAUUGAAACUCGCUGCUAUAUCUUGGUGUCAAUGUAUCACGAGGUUUCACGAAAAUCUGUUGAAAAAUAAAAAAUAACUAGGAGAAUAAAGACGGACAAAAAGUGAGCCAGAAGUGCCACGCUACCGUCAAGUAUGGCUGUCGAUAAUAAUUCUGGGGGGGCACCCCGAAUCAUGGUAUUCAGGCCGACUUACGAGGAGUUCAAAGACUUCAGCAAGUACAUUGUGCACAUGGAGAGCAAAGGGGCGCACAAAGCAGGGAUAGCUAAAGUUAUACCUCCACCUGAAUGGAUCCCGAGAAAGUCAGGCUACAAACUGGAAGACCUCGACAUAACGAUACCAGCUCCUAUUUGCCAGGUAGUUGAUGGCAAGCAGGGUCUCUACCAGCAGAUAAAUAUACAAAAGAAAUCAAUGACUGUAAAGGAGUACAGCAAGCUUGCAAACUCGGAAAGGUACAACACUCCGAAACACUUUGACUACGAAGAUCUUGAGAGGAAGUACUGGAAAAAUAUAACUUACGUCGCUCCGAUCUAUGGCGCUGACGUCUCAGGGUCGCUCACUGACCCGGAGGUCAAAGAAUGGAACAUCAACCACCUUGGCACGAUUCUUGACUAUGUUAACAAAGAUUAUGGAAUAUCCAUUGACGGCGUCAAUACAGCCUAUCUCUAUUUUGGCAUGUGGAAAACAACUUUCGCAUGGCAUACAGAAGAUAUGGAUCUAUAUUCUAUUAAUUAUUUGCACUUUGGUGCACCCAAAACUUGGUACGCUAUUCCGCCUGAACACGGACGCAGACUAGAGCGAUUGGCCAAUGGUUUUUUUCCAUCCAGCUACCAGAGCUGCCAGGCCUUCCUUAGGCACAAAAUGUCCCUCAUUUCACCACAGAUAUUAAAGCAGUACUCGAUUCCUUGGGACAAGAUAACGCAAGAAGAAGGAGAGAUCAUGAUCACAUUUCCCUAUGGCUAUCACGCAGGCUUCAAUCACGGUUUUAACUGCGCUGAGUCAACUAAUUUUGCCACACCUAGGUGGGUCGAGUAUGGAAAAAGAGCUACGCAAUGCUCCUGCAGCAAGGAUAUGGUCAAGAUAUCAAUGGACACGUUUGUUAAACGAUUUCAACCAGAAAGGUAUGAGCUGUGGUUACGCGGCGAAGAUAUUGGGUCACAUCCGGAAGAUCCACGACAGACAGCAGCUCCGCUUCCAUCCCAGAUGGAUUUACUCUGCGGUAAUAACAGCAAUGGGCAGUUACCCCAGAGCUACUUGGAUGCUCCUAAGAACAAAAGACAUCCCAUUCACCGCAAGAAAAAUAUAGCUGGGACAAACCCUCAUGUUAAUAUGGCAGACUUAGCCAAUCGUCCUGACAUACCUCCAGACGUCAAGAGAGUACUGCAGGAUAUGGAAUUGGAGGAACCUGAAGAGGCUGCGCCUGACGAACAGCAACUGCAAGUCCUCGAAGAUAUAUGGUUGAAAGCCGGUGAGAUGGACGUGAACGAAGCAACAGUCUACGAUGAAGGGUACGGUUACAAUCGUAAAAAAAAUCGAAAACGCAAGAAGAAACAACUGAAUAAAUCGGACAAUCCCAUAAAACGAAAGUCAAAGACGAAGAAGAAUACAAGUAAAUUAAAUCCCACUUCAUAUGCUGCUAGCAACUCGGAAUCUGAUAUGAAACAUAGCGAUAUAAUGAACAUUAUUGAAGCUUCCGUUCCGUGUCUUGUGCUGACCAAUAUCAAGGGCAAGAAUCCCGAAAUUUUGAGUCAAUCCAAAAAAAGCGACGACAGUAGCAUCGAUGUCACAAUAGAGAGUGUUGUUAAAGAAAACGAAAACGAGUCUGUAGGCGAUAAAGCUAAUGACAACCCUAACGAUUCUGAGAUUUCAGUAAAACCAGCUAAGCAGAAAAGGAAAUACGUCAAACACAGUGAGUCUAAAAAGGUCAAGCAGAAACACGGCACCAAGGGUAAACAUAGAGCAAAUAUUCCAUUGCUCACGGCCAUGGAACCCCUGGAUAUUUCUGACAUAAGUGUACAACGGAAACUCACUUCGAUGCCAAGUCUAAAGGCAUCCAACACAAAAGACAUGUCCAUCGGUCAGAGUAAGGUCAACUCCUUACCCGGAAAUAUUAUUUCAGUUGGAAAUGAAUUCAGCAUGACCACCAUGAGGAAUAAGACUGUAGUUAAUAUCACAAAUGGCGGACAAGUACAGGGUUCUAAUCACAUGAUGGAAAAAGAUUUGGAUAAGGCUAUAGAGAGAUACAAUGAAGGUAUUUCAAAACUUGCAGAGAACAAGGGUAAUUUUGCAGAAUCGAUACAUAUUGAUUCUCUAGAAAAUACGAGCAACGCAUUCACCAGCUCGUGUCCAAAUUCGGUCAGUGGUUCGCAAGAGUUUUCAAUAAAUUCAGCUAACUUGACCGAUAACACUUCAGGAUCGAAGGUUUCAUCUCAAGUAAAGCCUGGCCGAAAUACUGCUCGUAAAAAUAUAUUGAAAGCUGCAAAACUGACUCCAGCUAUAUUGAAAUCAUCAGCCACAAAAAGGAAUCCAACAUCCAUAAAAACGGUGAACUUGGCGAAAUCCGAAGAGGAAAAAGACAUCUCAAAUGCAGCCGAUGGGCUUUUGGUUCUGCAACAAAAUUCCUGGGAGGCUGUUCAAAAGAAUUCCAACUCUCCGAUUACGUACAUCAGUGUCGGGAGUCCUGAGCCGAGAGAUACCCCUCCAGAGUUGAGUCCACAGACGAAUUUGAGUAAACCGCAAAAUUUAACGUUUAGAAGUAUGGCGCAGCCUCUGUGCUCCAUGACUUUGGUGAAGAGAGAGUUGAAGGACAUGAAUGUGACCGUUCUUGAAAAUCAGGACUCGUCAUUGAAAGAAAGGGCGCAAGGCACUGGCAUGGAAAUCAAAAAGUCUCCUAAUAACAUAAUGACCAUGUACAACACGCCAGAGGUAGAGAGAUUUAUGCAAGGUGGCACAUCAAGGAGUAUUCAAUUACAAGGUUCAAAGCUUGUUAGGCCUGUACAGCAGGGCACAAAAAUUAUUCAAAUGUCAAAUGGUGCGAAAAUGUUUGUGCCUGAUAAGCAGGAGACUAGAAUACUUUAUGGAACCGAUUUUAAGCGAAAGCCACCAAAACUGCAGAACCAAAGUACUAUUCAGACCGCUAUCAAUUGCGCAAGUUUGAAGCCACCUAUUCUGUCUUGUUCCGAAACAACAAUUACCAAAGUAAUCACGAGUAAUUCACCUCGCACAAUGUCCAGCUGCUCCUCUCCGUCAGCAAUAAAAUGUAGUAGAGCUACGCUGACAUCGCCAACAUGCUCUGGUAAUUCUUUUAAAACUGGCAGUUUGUCGUCGACCUUCUUCAAAAAUAACGAAAAUAAAUCAAGCAAUGAGAACUCAGUUUUGCUUGAGCUGAUUACAAGUCCGUUGGAUUCAAGCCAAAAUUACCUUUCCAAUCAGGCUAUUCAAUACAAGCCAUCUUAUAACGAUGAUUCUAGCGAAACUAGUAUCAGAAAUAUGUUACAGUCGUAUAAUUCUAUGACUAGAAAUCAGCAUAGCAUAAUUCUAGCACAGGAAGAUUUGGAGCCUCUGACGAAUGAGCAGUGCAUGCAAAGUGUGUUGGAAAACCUUGACUCGGAUUUGAAAAUCUGCGAAUUAAAAGAAUCAAAGCUGCAGUCAUCAUGCAGUAAUCCACGUCUAACAAUAAUGACUUCUACCGGGGAGAACAGAACGCCAGUCAGCAAAUGCCCACUGAAAACAACGAAAUCUCAUUCACCGGCUAAAAGAAAUUACAAAGAGAAAGCAAAGGCAACUGGUAACGUUGAAAAGAAGACCAUUUCUCCUUCGAAAACUCAAGGUAUCACUAAGCCUCUGCCAGCAAACGUAGAAGAGGACAAUCAUUUGUCAAAUGUAUCGAAUAACUCCAUCAGCUAUCCAACACCAAAUUCACAGCCUGUAAUACCAGGACAUAUGAUGGAAAUGCUAUAUCCAAGCGUUCCUGAUGACAAUCUACUCCAGGCCUUCAAUGACUACUGGAGCACUCAGGUUUCCCACUGUGCGAUUUGUUCAGCAUUCGCCACAGCGGCCACGGGAGGCGGCAGAGCAAUGACAUCUGAUUGGAAAUAUUGCACGACGAUCAAUUUACCAGACACUUCACCAAUUUGGGUAUCCUCGAAUACUUUUGCUGCCAAUUCAAAGGAACAAGGUACGGAACCAGAAAAAAACAAAUUAUUAAGCUGCAGAAAGUGUCACGUUACCGUUCAUGCUUCCUGCUAUGGAAUCAACGUCUUACCCACAGACUUACAGAAUUGGGCUUGUGACAAAUGCAGAGCUGGUAUGGUACAUGUUAUGUGCUGCUUGUGUCCUAUGCGAGGUGGUGCUGUAAAGCGAACUAGCGACGGUAGAUGGGCUCACAUUCUGUGUGCCCUUUUACUGCCGGGUGUUACCUUCAAAGAUCCAAUCAAUAAGGAUCCUAUCAACGUCCUAACAAUUAAAAUCGAAUUGUUGAAACAACAGUGCGGCUGUUGCGGUCAACGAGACGGUGCUUGCCUCAGCUGCGAUCAUUGUGAGGCCUACUUCCAUCCGUCCUGUGGCCUCAUAGCUGGUGCGACAUUUGCUGUACCAAUAUUUGACUCCUACAAGUUACAGAUAUCCUGCCACAGGCACAAUAAUGAAAAGGAGAAAAUUCCAAUGGUGAGACAGGGAGAGGCAGUAUGGGCAAAGCAUCGCAAUUCCCGAUACUACAGAGCGAAAAUUGACUCCAUAAACGACACGCUCUUUUACAUGGUCACUUUCGACGAUAACAGUUUUCGCGACGAUUUAUAUCCUUCGGAUAUCAUUAAACUUGAAUCGGGAAAUCAUCCUACGAUCGGAAGCUCAAUCAUGGUCAAGAGGCCAGACGGCCAGCCGUACAAUGGUACUUUUGAAGGCACGAACCAUCGGAUCAUGUUCACGGUGGUCUUCGAGGAUGGUUCUCAAUUGCUUCUGAAACGUACAGACAUCUACAGUCUGCAGGAAGAGCUGCCGAAGCGAGUAAAAUCGAGAUUGUCAUUCGCAACCGAUAUGAAGUAUCGGUAUCAUCUCUACGGCACCGAGGGCGAAUCAAAAACGCAGAGGAAAAUCAAACCGGUCAAGAAACACGAAUAACCUUCAAUUAAUUUUGACCUAUCGUAAAAGAAAAGUAAAAGAAACAAACUAAUGAAAGAAAAGAAAAAUAACCUGGUUAGAACCUCGGAUUAAUUUCUAAAUAUUUUUAUAAUAACUUCGAAGUUAUUUAAAUGAAAGUGAUCACAAUUAUUCAGUGAUAUUUAAGUAGAAUUUUCUGAUUACACAAUAUUUGUACGCUACGUUUUUUUUCUUUUUUCAUAUACUACACAACCGUCCAUGCCUGUUUGUUAGAUUAGAUGUUUUUACAACACCUUGUAACGUACGCUGAUGCAUGGAAUUUGAUACCUCCUUAAAGUGGUCUAUGAUUAGCAUUCGAAAAUUUAACAGAUCUGUAACGGAUAAUAACCGUUACCGGCAUUCCUUAUCCGCUGUAAUACAUUCAGAGAGAAAUCAUUUUAAUUAUUUAUUCUUCUAAAUGCCUAUUUAUCGGUAGCUGAAUUUUGCGUGAAAUAGAAUAUUGGUAUUGCGGCAGUCUAAGUGAAAUAGUAAUCGAUGUUUGGCUUGAUUUUCUUUGCAAUAUGAAUUAUUGAUUGCAGUGAUUCCUGGGAAAGGUGAUGGCUCGAUGAGUCUAUUAGCAUAAAACGUUCUUUUAAAUGUCGUAUAGAUUAUUAUUAGUAUUUUCAUUUGAAUAACUUGAUGUUAAUUGAAUGGAUCCCUCGGAAAUAGAAUAUUGUACGAAAUAAAUUGUGCUGAAUAGCAUUAAAGCUAUUAUUGAAGUGUACAUACAUCGAGGUAUCGUUUUAAAAUAACGGACUGGAAUAUACCUAGAUAAUUAAUUAGUAUUGUAAUUCUUCAUCAGUGAAGCCCACCGAUUAAUUUGCAAUUAAAGGUAAUAAUUAAUUUA